CAUAAUCCGCAUACAUUUUGGAGCUCAUACUAUUAUUACGAUGCAGUGUCUCUCCGGAGCGGCGGCGCUUCCGCCCACCGUCAACAGCCUCCUCUUCAUCCGCCCCUCUCCGCCUCCACCCCGAACCCUAACCCUAGCCGUAACCCUAAACGAUGGAGAGCCCUCCCGUUCGGAACCCCGCGUCCUCUCAUGCUGCAGCUGCGGGAGGAGAACGGGCCUCUUGGGAGCGGCGGCGGCGGCGCCGCUGCUUCCGAUCACGACCUUCGCCGCGCCCGUCGCUUCCUCCUCCGAUCCCACCGUUGUAAUGGAGAGGUUGCGCCCACCGAGGCCGGAUUGGUAUGAGGAGUUCUACGCGCAGGCUAUGGAGGAGGGAAUGAGAUCCUACGAAGCUGAGAUUGCAGGUUACAAAGAAAAGCUCUUUUCUUAUUUGACCGAUAAGAGUAAGAAUAUACUAGAGCUUGGUGUUGGCACUGGUCCUAACUUCAAAUACUAUGCUACUAUAAAUGAUCUUACGGUCAUUGGAGUGGAUCCCAACAAGCAAAUGGAGAAAUAUGCUCGGUCGGCAGCAGUAGCUGCUAGGUUACCAGAAACAAGCUUUAGUUUUAUACGAGGGGUUGCUGAAGCAUUACCUGUGAGGGAGAACACGAUGGAUGCUGUGAUUGGUACUUUGGUAUUGUGCUCCGUCAAAGAUGUCGACACGGCACUAAGAGAAGUAAAAAGGGUCUUGAAACCUGGUGGUCUUUACGUCUUCAUCGAGCAUGUCGCUGCACGUGAUGGAUCCCUCCUUAGAUUUGUACAGGGCACCCUUGAUCCUCUCCAGCAAUUUGUCGCAGAUGGGUGUCAUCUUACUCGGCAAACCGGGAAGCAGAUUUCUGAUGCUGGCUUCUCAAGCAUUGACCUUAAAACAGCAUUCCUUUCUUCUGUCUCCCUGAUAAGCCCUCAUGUAUAUGGAAUAGCUUGUAAAUGAUGCCCCAAAAGUUGUUGAUUUCUUAAUCUGAUCACAAAUUGUAUACGUUGUCUUACGUUGCCAUUCGUAUGGAGAAUUGUACCUGCAUGUAAACACUAAUGAGUGCACAGAAUAUACUCAUCUAUUUGAUCAGUCUGUAGUGUUCUCUCAAUAUUUUCUUCGUUUA